CAAUUAUAUGAUGGUAUUGGUUCUGAUCAUCAAAGACGAGACAGUAAUGUUUCAAAUAUUAAUGCAAUGAGACAUUCUACACCCUCUAGUGAAACAGAAUCUGAUAAUGAGGAUGAAAGUACAUUAACAUUUUUCCCUUUCACAUUUUCUCAAAGACUUUUAUCAAUGUCAAUACCUAAACACCCCAUAUUGAAUGAACUUAUGGGAUCAGAUUAUCAAGACGACCAACUUACACUAUUGGCAUACCGGAUUGUACUUGCAGAAUUUUUGAUCUUGAAAGACAAGAAGUGUAAUCAAGAAACUUACAACUAUAUGGGAGAAAGCGAACUUAGAUAUGGUAUUCUCGCCACUUAUGACCAUUGGUUUCUGCGCAGAGAACAUACUAAGCUCUGGAUUUCAAAAGCCCUCCCAUUAUAUUCAGAAUCUCCUCCAGUAUUAAACACAUAUGCUUAUCUAGCUCGAAAAGUAAAAGAGAAUCCUCAAUAUCUUCAACCAAUUCGGAUACCGGUACCAACUAAUGGGAAUAUUAAUAAUCCACGUAUUCUUCAGUCGCAUUUAUCUUCCAGUCAAUCAGUCUUAUAA